AUGAGUUACGAAUCAUGUGAUUUAUAAACAGAUUCAAGAUAUCCUUUUGAUCCAAGAGCAAAUGCAUUUGAAUUAGCGAAAAUGGAGACUAUAAGAAGGAAAUAACAUCCAUUAAUUUUAAUAACAAGAGUUAAAUCAAAUGGAUUUCAUUAUUUUAUAGGUCCAUCAAAAUCUUAUUCUAAUGAAUAUCCAAUUGAAUUAGAACCUUAUAUAAGUAAGGAAGAUUUUGAAGCCUUCAUAAAUGAAGUAAAUAAUGUCAUCAUAAAAUAUUGGCCUUGUUUUUUCACAUUCAUUUUGGCAUUUGGUUUUUCUAUUGUUUCUUGUUUCUUAAGUCUUUAUCUACCUAGAGUUUGUAUUGAAGAUGUUGAAAGAUUUUUAGGAUAUGUUUUAGAGAGAUGGAAUGAGAGUUGGGAAGAGAAGAUGAUUAAAGUGGAAUACAAAAGGAAUCUAUUUAAUAGUGAAUUAUAAUUUUAUAAAUUAUGA